AUGGCGUUAGCCGGUAUCUGUAAAACAACUCAAGUGCUCCAAUUUUUUAAAUUUUCACAAAAUUCUGUCAAUUUUUUGAUAGAAACUCAAUUUAAAAAUGUACAAAAUCUGUUUUUCAUUAAUAAUGGUUACUGUAAAUAUUUCUGCAUGGACAAAAAGUCGGGAACGCCAGGUAAACCAGGUGAUCCAAAAACUUUGGAACAAGCGAAAAAGAAAAAAGGAAUAACGAGUCCACAAAUUACGUUAAUUUCGUCUAAUGACGAGGUAUCUACUAUGUCGCUGGAACAAGCUGAAAAAUUAUCAAAAAGAAGAGAUCUUAAGUUAGUGAAAAUUGUUGACUUUGACACCAAAACUGAGAAACCAGUGUACAAACUUAUGACAGCUCUUGAAUUCUUCCAAGAGGAUUUUAAAAUGAAAGAGAAAAAGAGGAAGCAAAAGCAGAUGUCUGUAAAGGAGUCAAAAUUAUUUACCAUCUCAUCUAAGAUUGGUGAUAAUGAUUUGGAAAGUAAAAUAAGGUAUAUGUUCAAAUUACUUAAGAAGAAACAUGAAGUUCGUGUGUUCAUUGCUUGUGAUGGAAACCCUAUUAGAGCGGAGGAAAUAUGUAAAUUUAUAAAGGAAGAGUUGAGUGAUGUUUCUGGUUCAUCAAAUCAUAUUUCUAAAGGUAAUAUUUUAAGAUUAUCAAUUCAACCAAAACAGAAAACUACAGUAGCUGCAUGUGAAGCUGAUGCAACCGACAACAAUAAACCCGAGACAACCCAAGCGAUAAUAAAAUGAAAUAAA